AUGAACUUCAAUGGUCGUUCAAGUGCGGGGUGGGCAUCUGGCUAUUUCUGCGUCUGCUCUCUCCUGCCAAUUGCCCAGGGGCAUAUGCUGACCCUAAACGAAGAGCAAAUCCCGAAGCCACCUCUCCAAAUGACCAUGCAGGCCUCGGUUCAAGACGCCAUCUGGGGGAAAUGGAUCGGCGUGGGCAUGGUCAAGGCGAAAAUGUGUGCGACUCAUGGGACCGCGCCGUUGGUCAAUAGGCGUCUCAAGUACACAACGAUACUUGGAAAGCGGUUCCAGAUCUGA